AGAGGCAUGUUGACGAUAUGCGCUGUGGCUCUUUUGUUCUAUUCUACUGAAGCGUUGCAGAAUUACAGCUUUGGUGACCCACGGGCUUGCAAUAUCGAGAAAGGAGAUCAGAAUUUUAUGUUUGAAGUCCUGCCUGGAUUUGGUUGGGAUAAUCUUGUAAAUGAAAAUCGAGGAGUAGUUGUCAAUUUUAACUAUUCAAAAUGCAAAACAACCGAGGACAGAAAAUACCUUAUUCCAGACGGCGUCGUAGCUAUUCCUAUCAAGACAAGUCAUUUGAAUAUCUUCUCGAAGGUAUAUGAUCACUGGUCUCAAUAUAAGUCAGACACAGCAUUUUCUAUAAAUAUCGGUGGUUCAGCUAGUAUCGCAGGAGUCAAAAUUGCUGCAAGUUUGUCCACUGAAUAUGAACACAUUAAAAAGCAUCAGCUUGAGGAUAAAUCAUUUACUACAAAAGUCCAAGCACGAUUCGUCCGGUAUAACGCUAAAGUUCUUCCCGACAUACAACUUGAUCGAUCAUUUCGUAAACGUCUUCUGAAAAUAGCCAACCAUAUUCAACAUAAUCGAAAACUGUCAACAAGAUAUGAAAGUGAACUCUUAGUUCGAGAUUUUGGCACCCACGUCCUUACAAGUGUUGAUGCUGGUGCUUCUAUUGUCAAAGUGGAUCAGGUCGACUCCUCUCUACGUGCAGACAAAGAGGUUGAUAAAGUAAAGAUAAGUUUUGCAGCAAGUGUCUCCUUUGGAAUCGGAAAUGUAAAUAUGAAAACGCAGUACACACACUCAAAAACUGCCAUCGAGAAAUACAUGAAAAGUGUUAAAAACUCAGAUAUAAGAACAUACGGCGGACCACCAAUGAGUCCUGAAAAUUUCACACUUAGUAAAUGGACACCCACUAUUGGAAAUGAUUUGGUUGCAGUUGAUAGAAAUGGAUUUCCUCUUGAUUAUGUCAUCUCUACAACUUCACUUCCUGAACUAUCUGAAAGUCUAGUUGAAGAAGUCGUCCAGAGUGUUCGAACUGCAAUCUCGUCCUACUUCCUCCAUAACACGUACCCAGGAUGCACCGAUCCAGACGCCCCAAACUUCAGCAAGAUUUCAAAUCUGGAUGAUGGUACCUGCCAUGCACCUCUAACGAACCUUAGCUUUGGUGGGAUUUAUCAAACAUGUCAGUUCCAGGGAGGAUUAAUGAAUAACGAAAACUUGUGUGACAAACUGAACAUUACUGUAAGAAAUCCUCAAACACAGAACUUUCAAUGUCCGGAAGGAUUUGAUGCAGUUCUUCUUUAUGAAGGAAAAACACAUAAAGCUCAACACGAGCACACGUGUCAUAAAUGCUGGAUCUUUUUCAAGUGUUGUCACGAUAAGUCUUAUUAUGGCUCUGCAACAUACACAUCAUAUUGGUGUCGUGCAAAACCAAACACACCCGUUCAGGAAAACAGCGGAUUUCUCUUUGGAGGCCUCUACUCAGACAGAACCAGUAAUUUUGUAACUCAAUCAAAAUCAUGCCCGCAGUACUACAAUCCAUUGAAGAUUGCCUCUAAUGUCCAUGUCUGCAUCAGUGAUGAUUAUGAACUUGGCGCCAAGUCUUCCGUGCCAUUUGGUGGUUUCUUCAGUUGUCAACAUGGUAACCCUUUGGUUGACAGUAAAUAUACAAAAUCUUGUCCUAAAGGUUUCAGUAACCACUUAGCCACCAUUGACAACAACUGUGAACUACAGUUCUGUGUAAGGACUGGUCAAAUGUCGGAACUAAAAUUUCCUACAGUUCAACUUCCACCGUUUAUUGGUAUCCCAGCAGAGAGUUUAACAGAGAGAGCAAACUAUAUCAUUUCCCAUGAUUCGGAAUCCUGGACCCAACUUAUAAAUCCCGAAACGAAUAGCAAAGAGCCUGAUGAAUCCACUUGGACAACUUUGAAUUCUGCACCAACAGAGAUGCAUGCCUUGAUGAAGAAAUUCUCCAAUAAUCACGUAGUCAGUGAAAAUGAUGAUUCAGGAAUGUCUAAAGGUGCCAUUGCAGGUCUCUCAGUUGGCCUUACAACUGCUAUUUGCCUGGUAUUAGGAAUUAUUAUAGCUGUUCGACGAAAUCAGAAACAAAGAAAAAUCUAUGAGAGUUUUAAUUGAUUUUCUUUUACGAUUUGAUAAGUUUGCUUUUUGCUUUAAAAACGAAACUUUGGAAUUUUUGAGAAUUUUGAACAAACAUGCACUGAUUCAAUGGUAAUUGCUCGACGUAAGGUUUUGUAGUUUUAGAGAGCAAUAUGUUUUAAUGAUUCUCCGUUUUAACCUGCUACCAAUGACAUUAUGUAUGAUAAGAUAACUUACUUAUUGCAAAAUUUAAAAUUGCGCACCAUUAGUGCAAUGAAUAAUUAGAAAUGCUUCAUGUUAGUAUGAACUCUUAAUCACGCUUUGUGACAUUGUCAUGAUUUUACUACUGUAACAACUAAAAUAUUUUUUGAGGA